CGCCGGUACCCCUGGCCCUGAUCCCUCCCCCCGCAUCGCACUCGGCGCCCGCACCCGACAACGCACGCGCCCGCACCACCAUGGCCGGCGCUGGCCUCGCCGUCUCCAUCCCCAUCGCCUCCCCUCCGCUCGCCCGCGCCUCCGCGCCCGCCUACCCCGCGCGCCGCGUCUGCGCGAUGCCGUCCUCCUCCAGCAGCGGCAGCAGCUUCAGAUCCUCGCCGCUCCGCGCGAUUGCCGGCUUCUCUGGGAACAGACAGCGCCCCCGCCGCGGCGCGUCCGUAGCGUGCGCCGUCCAGGGCCAGGACACGUCCAUCGAAGUCCCAGAUGUGACAAGGGCAACAUGGCAAUCGCUUGUGAUGGAAAGUGAGCUUCCUGUCCUUGUUGAGUUCUGGGCUUCGUGGUGCGGGCCAUGCAAAAUGAUAGAUCCAGUUGUUGGCAAGCUCUCGAAGGACAACGAGGGGAAGCUGAAAUGCUACAAGCUCAACACAGAUGAGAGCCCAGACAUAGCAAGCCAGUACGGGGUCCGGAGCAUCCCCACCAUGAUGAUAUUCAAGAACGGCGAGAAGAAGGAUUCGGUGAUCGGGGCUGUGCGUGAGAGCACACUGACCGCAUGCAUCGAUAAAUUUGUGGAGAGGUGAAAUGCCCAGCGGAUCUCUUGAAAGCGGCUGCCUUUCAAAAGCCUGUGUUCAGAUCAGUGGACCCGUACGCAGAAACAGUUCUAUAUACCUGGUUGUAGAUAUCGGAAUCACAUUCGAUUAUUGUUUGAUGAAGGCGGCAUGAGUUGCUUUCCGCCCUAGCCUGGUUUUAUUCU